GGUUGAGUAGGUGAAUAAAAAUCAAAGUCGUCACUGUCGAAGUGUCCAAAACAACAAUUAACAACCAACCACCAUCCUCACAGCGUGUGUCACGAGACUCAUAAAUGCGGGAUGCGUGUCGCAGAGACAGAGAUAGAGAGGGAGAGAGCUCAGUGAUCGUGAGGACUCAAAAGCCCUAAUUUGAGCAACAUCAAAAUGGCUGGUUAUACUAAUUAUUCAUCAUCAAUCAUAUGCAUACUCAUCGUCGCCACCGCCUUUGCCUUGCUUCCAAUUUCAUCUAGCGUUCCCUUCAUCUUAAUCCAUGGAAUUGGAGAUCAAUGCUCCAACCGAGGAGUUAAACAGCUCACUCAGCAACUGAGUAACUGGUCAAACUCUGAAGGAUAUUGCAUAGAAAUUGGAAAUGGCUCAUGGGACUCCUGGUUUAUGGCCCUAGAGGAACAGGUUGAAAUUGUUUGUGACAAGGUGAAAAAAAUGAAAGAACUCAAGCAGGGUUUCAACGUAGUUGGUCUCUCCCAGGGUAACUUAAUAGGUCGAGGUUUGUUAGAGUUUUGUGAGGGUGCACCCCCUGUAAAAAACUUUAUCUCAUUGGCCGGACCUCAUGCUGGUACUGCUUCCGUUCCUCUUUGUGGCUCUGGCAUCUUUUGCAUCUUAGCAGACAAACUAAUCAAAUCAGAGGUCUACAGUGACUUAAUCCAAGAGCACUUAGCCCCUAGUGGUUAUCUUAAACUACCAAAUAAUAUUCCUGCCUAUUUAGAGAGUUGUAGAUUUCUCCCGAAGCUAAACAAUGAACUCCCUGAUAAAAGAAACUCCACUUACAAGGAACGGUUCAGUGGCUUACAGAACCUGGUGCUUAUCAUGUUCCAACAUGAUACUGUUUUGAUACCCAAGGAGACCUCCUGGUUUGGAUAUUAUCCAGAUGGGGCCUUCGAUCCAGUUUUGCCUCCACAACAGACUCAGCUUUACAUUGAGGACUGGAUUGGUUUGAAAACCUUGGAUGAUGCUGGGAAGGUUCAGUAUAUCAGUGUGCCUGGAAAGCACCUUGGAAUAUCAAAGAGUGAUGCACAAAAAUACAUUGUCCCUUACUUGGAAGAUGAAGCUUCAGUAAAGGACAGCACCGGAAGGCAUACUUACUCUAGGGUGCGCGGAGUUCAUCACGGGGUCUCACAAAGUCGAACUGAAAUGCAAAUUGUCAAUCACACAGAAGGCGAUGCAUCAGCCCAAAUGAUGCUUGAUGGAUUAUCAUCUUAUAGUUGGCCAGCAUCAGUGACAAGCUUCUUUGAUGAACUACUUGGGUUUGCAAAUGAUGAGUCAUCACCACGAGUUGUACGGUAACCGUAUGCUUGGCCUCACUAAGUCUACAUACUGCCAAUACUGAGAUUUGUGUAAAGACCAAUCUAUCAUAAUGCUCGAACAUUGGCAUCUGAACAUUGAUUUAUGUACCACUGCAAUUCUCGCAAUAAACGCAACACUCCAGAAAAGAAAAGGGUUGCAAUGAUGCUAUUGAAGGAUCAUUUGUCGUCAUUUUAUGUAAAAGCAUUGAUUUAUGUA